ACAUCAUGUGAUUCAGGUGUUCAAUCCCAAUCCAAAUCAUGUGAUUCAGGUGUUCCAAUCCCCUCCAUAUCAUGUGAUUCAGGUGUUCCAAUCCCCUCCAUGGACACAUCUAUGUAUCAAUCAUCCCCUAGACAUGCUAGACGGCUUUCUACAAACCCCUCUGAGACAUUUGCUGCAGUUAUUGCCAGAACCAUUGGGCCAGCCCCCCCAAAUCAUGUGAUUCAGGUGUUAGCAAUCCCUUCCAUAUCAUGUGAUUCAGGUGUUCCAAUCACCUCCAUAUCAUGUGAUUCAGGUGUUCCAAUCCCCUCCAUGGACACAGGCGUAUACAAUCAAGCCCCUAGGCAUGCAGACGGCUUCUACAAACAUUGGUGAAAGAAUGGGUCGCUCUCAGGAGCUC